AUGCAACAAAUAUGGCAAUGCAAGGUCGGUUGGGAUGAGUCUCUGCCGGAGAACCUGCACACCACGUGGAAGAAAUAUUGUCAACAGCUACAUAAACUGGAAGAAAUUAGCAUUCCGAGAGGAAUCAUUGCGACGAGUUCGACAAAAAUUGAAAUCCAUGGAUUUUGCGAUGCCUCGGAAAAAGCAUAUGGAGCUUGUCUGUAUUUAAGGUCAACUAAUAACGAAAAUCAACGAACAUGUCAGUUAAUCUGUGCAAAGUCGCGUGUAGCGCCAAUUAAGAAAAUCAGUUUGCCACGUUUAGAAUUAUGUGGAGCGUUGCUGUUGAGCAGAUUGAUGGAGAAGGUAAUCAAUGCACUCACCUGGCAAGUAGAAGAGAAACAUUACUGGUGCGAUUCGACAGUGACUUUAGCCUGGAUCAAGGGAGAACCGUCUAGAUGGAAAACCUUCGUGGCCCAUAGGGUCACUGAAAUACAAAAGACCUCUACCGAAAUACAAUGGCAUCAUAUUAGAUCUGAAGAGAAUCCGGCUGAUAUGUUAUCCAGGGGAGUCGAACCGGAGAAGUUAAAUUUUAAAAGUCGGUGGUGGAAAGGCCCAGAGUGGCUAGAAAAUGAGACCGUUUAUUAUCCGCUAGAGUCAUCAUGGUUAUCGGAGAUACCAGAAGGAAGAGUGAUGUCUACGACGGUCAACGUGGAGCCCGGGUUGAGUGUUUGGACAAGGUAUUCAUCAUUGAAGCGAUUGAAGCACGUUAUCGCUUACUGCCUCAGAUUCUCACACAAUUGCCGGAAGGUUACAGACCGGUUGACGAGUUGGUUAUCGGUCAAGGAAUUAGAGGAAGCAUUGAACAUCAUAUUGAAGCAGCAUCAAAAACAGCAUUUUGCAAGAGAAAUAGUCGAUCUGCAAUCGAGGCGCCAAAUCUCAAGAAAAAGUCGAUUAUUAGCGCUCAAUCCGUUCAUGGAUGAUACGGGAUUAUUGCGUGUAGGCGGACGCUUGAAAAACGCUCCGGUGUCAUAUUCUCGAAAAUUUCCCGUGGUGUUGGCGACUCGGAAUCAACUAACCGAUUUGAUCAUAAGAGAUAAUCAUUUGAGAAGUUUGCACGCGGGCCCCGAAGCCCUUUUAAGCAUAAUCAGAGAACAAUAUUGGAUUAUAUCCGGUAGAUCAGCUGUGCGGAGAGCCCUGCGCAGGUGCAUCGUAUGUUAUAGAUUUAAUUGUAAGACGCCGAAAGAAAUAAUGGGAAACUUACCGGUUCACAGAGUGAGCCCGGGUAGAGCAUUCUUAAAUGUAGGUGUAGAUUUCGGUGGGCCAUUUAACAUUAAGAUAUCGCGUAAUAAAUCAGCCAAGGCAUAUAUUUGUCUGUUCGUGUGUUUUGCAACUCGCGCCAUUCAUUUGGAAUUGGUUAGUGAUCUAAGUACGGCGGCAUUUCUCAACUCGUUAAGACGUUUCAUUGCAAGGCGCGGUAAAUGUUUGAAUAUUUAUUCGGACAAUGGAACGAAUUUUGUAGGAGCGAAUAAUGCGUUACAAAGAUUGAGAGAGUUGCUGAGGGAUCAAAAUCAUCAAAAACAAGUAGAUACAUUCGCGACAGAACAGUCAAUUCAAUGGCAUUUUUUACCGCCUUACGCUCCCCAUAUGGGAGGCUUGUGGGAGGCGGGUAUAAAAUCCGUUAAGACACGUUUGCAAAAGGUGUUGGGAGAGGCGCUCCUUACAUUCGAGGAAUUCUACACGCUUUUGACAGAAAUCGAAGCAUGUUUGAAUUCUAGGCCAAUAACUUCCAUGUCAAAUGAUCCUUCAGAUCUCGCGGUUUUGACCCCCGGACAUUUUUUGAUCGGGGAAUCGUUAAACGCGAUUCCGCAGAUUGAGCUGACGGAAGUACCAACGAAUAGAUUGACCCGCUAUCAAUUACUUAUUAAAUUGCAUCAACAUUUUUGGACUCGUUGGAGCCAAGAAUAUUUAUCGCAAUUACAAUCAAAGUCUAAAUGGAGGAGCGCUACCUCUGAUCAGGAAAGGAUAAAACCUAACGAUUUGGUGAUUUUGAAGGAAAAUCAGCCACCUCUUAAAUGGAAACUAGGGCGUAUUUUAGAAGUGCAUCCCGACAAGGAAGGCCAUGUUCGAAUUGUAAUUGUAAAAACGGAGAAUGAUAUUGUAAAAAGACCGUUAUCAAAAAUUUGUGUCCUUCCUAAAUCGGAUUAG